AAUUCUGCUUUAAUUUCCUCCUUGUCACAUUUUCUGAAGAAAUAAAAAUAAAAUGUAGUCUGUAGUACUGACAGAAGACCAUUUUCUGUUAUUUUUAUCCUUUAAAUGCUAGAGGAGCUGGGGCCCAGUGAACAUGAAGAACAAUAUUUGAGAACACCAAAGCAAGAAACACAAGAACCUCAUUAAGACAGAAGAGCAAUCAUGCUGUCAGCUGGGGACAAAGUCGUCUUCUGGGUGUUUACUGGCUUCCUGGGGAUCUUCACCAUCUUCUUCAACAUGUACCUACUGCUGGUGAACCAGAAAAGUUACAGGAAGAAUCACAAGCUGAACCCCGCCGACUUCAUCAUCGCUGUCUUCGCCGGGGCCAGCAUCACCCAGCAGAUAGCCAGCUACUUAUGGCAGACCAUGGACAAGAUAGAUCUGGAGUGCAAACUUUACAUUGUAGCGGCUGUCCUGCUGGUGAUCACCUUCAGCUUGAAGCUCAUCAUCAUUUGGUCCAUGGCGUUCCUGACCUUCUACUACAGCACUAAACUGGUGGUGCAGCCCGUUCACUGCUACACACGCAUCCAGGAAGCCAUCGUCAAGCACGUUCACAUCGUCUCUGCAGUUAUUGUCGUGAGCGGCUUUGCCAAUUGCAUUCCCUUGCUGACUGUUUUGACCUACCACAACAGAACCUCUCACAUAAGCGAUUGUGGUUCCCUCAUGCCCGACGAUAACGGUGGCCUUGCCUACAUCUUCUACUACGUUGUCAUCUCAGACAUCGUUCCCGGCAUCGUGAUGGUCAAAUGCUGCAUUUCGAUCUUGUACCACCUGGCCAAACAUCUUCGUCACAUGAAGGCCAGCACUAACGGCAGCCAUGGGCCCAAACUGGGCACUCAAAUGCGGGUGAUCAAAAUGACCAUCACCCUGGAGGCCGUGUUCCUUAGUUUUUUGGCUGUGGAUCUCUUUACGCAGUUUACGGUGGUGCUCAAGCGACAGAACACCAUCACUUUAACCAUUCUCUUCUCUAGCAUCUACACCAUGGUCAGCGCGUUUGUGCUGAUUUAUGGUAAGAAAAGCUGCUGGAAGGAGCUGAUCGCAUCCUAUAACCUCUUUCUAGAUGAGUACCCAGUUUUGAGCGGUAUGAAGGUCACAGAGGUCAAAACAGAACCACAUGAAAACAGCCAUGUGCACUGACCCUGAGUGCAGCAAGAUUGUUUUUGCAUGUACUUGAAAUAAAUUAUGUAGUUGUGUAGGGAUUUUGCUUCCGUUUUACCAGAAAGACAGUAGUUUUAUAACAAAAGGCACAUUACAUGGCCUAAAGAAUGUGGACAACCCCUUCUAAUUAACAGGUUUGGGUAUUUCUAUGACUUUCAAUCUUUAACGUCUAUGUAUUUGAUGUUACAUCAUAAUAGUGUUUCAUUCUAGUCUCUGGUUGUCCUUGAAGUUUUAAAUUACUUGUAUUUAUAUGAACUUGUCAAUAGUUGAUGAAUAAACAAGAGUAAAGGCGUUUGUUUCUUUGC